ACAGGUUUCAUGAUAUUACUUUGCACCGAGUUUGCUAGCCGACGACGAGUGAAGCUCCCCGGUGAUACAAGUUUCGUAAUCAGUGAUUUUAUGUCUACUUUUUGGAGUUUUAAGUGAAUUUUCCAACCUCAAUCCGUAGAAUGGUGUUUCUGUAACAUGCCGCUUCGGUAAACUUCAUCAGACCCGGGACUAUUGGUGCGUUGAAUCAUUUGUGCUAAACACAAUCUCGCUCGAGUUGCUUCCGGAUUUUGCUUCAUGCGGCUACUCGGCUCCGCUCCCGUGGAAUUGGGGAGGUAGACUGGGAUACCUAGGCCCCUUGAACAGUGCACUGUCUGUGGGAGUAAAACCAUAGAUUUACGUGCCAAUAUGGGGGAAAUGGCUGCCAGUUUUCUACAAUUUGGUGAUAUCGUAUCGCUAUUUGCAGAGGGUAGUGUAAAUGGAUUCAUCCAUACACUUGGGUUGGUUGAUGACAGAUGUGUAGUGCAGCCUGAUGCUGGCGACCUUUCCAAUCCCCCAAAAAAAUUUAGAGACUGCCUGUUCAAGAUCUGUCCUAUGAACCGGUACACUGCUCAGAAGCAGUUCUGGAAGUCCGCUAAACCAACCAUAUCCACUGCCACUGAUGCUGUCUUACUCAAGAAAUUACAGCAUGCAUCAGAAUUGGAGAAAAAGCAGAAUGACUCCGAGAAUAAGAAACUACUGGGCAGUGUGAUCCAAUAUGGCAGUGUCAUUCAGUUACUACACCUGAAGAGCAACAAGUUUCUGACAGUCAACAAACGUUUGCCGGCUCUUCUGGAGAAGAAUGCUAUGCGUGUAACUCUCGAUGCCAAUGGUAACGAAGGAUCCUGGCUGUACAUUGUGCCUUUCUACAAACUUAGAUCACAGGGAGACAAUGUUGUGGUUGGUGACAAGGUAGUCUUGAAUCCAGUCAAUGCAGGGCAACCACUGCAUGCAAGCAACUAUGACUUGGUUGAUAAUGCAGGAUGUAAAGAGGUAAAUGCAGUGAACUGUAACACAUGCUGGAAGGUUUCUCUCUUUAUGGAACACAAGGAAAACAUUGAAGAAGUUUUGAAAGGGGGAGAUGUUGUAAGGUUGUUCCAUGCAGAGCAGGAAAAGUUUCUAACGUGUGAUGAGUACAAAAGGAAGAGCUAUGUCUUUCUCAGAACUACUGGCAGAGCAUCAGCAACGGCCGCUACAAGCUCCAAGGCAUUGUGGGAAGUGGAGGUUGUUCAACAUGAUCCGUGUAGGGGUGGGGCUGGUCAUUGGAACAGUCUCUUUCGAUUCAAACAUCUUGCCACAGGACAGUAUCUAGCUGCUGAGGCUGACAAUGACCCCACCAAAGACCCGACCAGAGAGAAGCUCAGGGGGCCACAUGGUGGGACAACCUACCACCUUGUACCAAUGCACCAUGGUAAUGACAUUGCCUCCAUAUUUGAAUUGGACCCUACCACUCUACAGAGGGGGGACUCCCUUGUACCAAGGAAUUCAUAUGUUCGUCUUCGUCACCUGUGCACUAACACAUGGGUUCAUAGUACCAGUAUACCAUUGGAUAAAGGAGAAGAUAAACCUGUCAUGUUAAAGGUUGGUACAGCCCAGACAAGGGAAGACAAGGAAGCCUUUGCCAUUAUUCCUGUCCCACCCGCUGAAGUAAGAGAUCUGGACUUUGCCAAUGAUGCCAACAAGGUCCUAUCAACGAUAUCAUCUAAGCUCGAGAAGGGCGCCAUCACUCAGAAUGAAAGGAGGACGGUGACCCAACUUCUGACGGACCUGGUGUACUUUGUGGCCUUGCAGGAGAACCAAGGAGGAGAAGCUCUUUCAGUCGUCAUCACUAACCCUGAUAGAGAUAAACAGAAACUCAUGAGAGAACAAGAUAUCUUGAAACAGAUAUUCAAAAUCUUACGGGCACCUUUCAAGGGUGAGCAUGCCAUGUUGAAGUUGGAGGAGCUGGCCGAUCCCAGACACGCUCCAUACCGUCAUAUAUGCAGGCUGUGCUACAGAAUCUUAAGACUCUCACAGCAGGCAUACAGGAAGAACCAGGAAUACAUCGCCAAGCAAUUUGGCUUCAUGCAGGAGCAGAUUGGUUACGAUGUGCUCGCUGAGGAUACCAUUACCGCCCUACUCCACAACAACAGGAAGCUCCUUGAGAAACACAUCACUGCAGCAGAGAUUGAGACCUUUGUCAACCUCGUCAGGAAAAACAAGGAGAGGAGAUUCUUGGAGUAUCUAUCUGACCUUUGUGUGUCUAACAACCAGGCUAUCCCUAUCACCCAAGAGCUCAUCUGUAAAUCAGUUCUCAAUGAUAGAAAUAUGGACAUUCUUAUCGAGACCAAAUUGGUAAAGACAGAGCUCGAGUUGGAGAUAGAAGUGGAAGGGGAAGACGGCACACCUGGUGAACCGGUCAUCACCAUCGAGGAAGAGGAGGAGGUCGUUCUUUUCUGGGAGAAGGGUCAAAGGUCAAAGGGCGUAAGAGAGCUUGCCAUGGGUGCUGCGGACAAUGUCCGAGAAGAUUUAGAUGUUCUUGGUUAUUACAGGUAUCAGCUUGAUCUGUUCUCCCAGAUGUGCCUCGAUCGUCAGUACCUUGCCAUCAACCAGAUCUCCAUCCAGCUUGACAUUGAUCUUAUCCUCCGCUGCAUGGCAGAUCAGAACCUUCCGUACGACCUACGUGCGUCCUUCACCAGGCUCAUGCUUCACAUGCACGUCGAUCGUGAUCCCCAGGAGCAGGUCACCCCAGUCAAGUACGCCAGGCUUUGGUCUGAGAUACCCACUCAGAUUACCAUCGAUGACUAUGAUACUCAUAAUAACGUAGGAAACACUCAAGCCAAAGAGGAUGUCCGACCCAAGUUCUCGGACACUAUCAAGUUUGUAGAGGAAUACUUGUGCAACGUGGUCUCAGCUACUUGGUCUUUCGCGGACAGUGAACAGAACAAACUCACCUUUGAGGUGGUGAACCUGGCCAAGAACUUGAUCUACUUUGGUUUCUACAGCUUCAGUGAACUUCUCCGUCUAACGAAGACCCUCCUGUCUAUCUUGGAUUGCACUCCGGCCUCAAGUCUAGCCCUCGGUGGCAAAUUAGACCCAACCCGUGAGAUUGUCCGUUUGUCAUUAGAAAAGAGGUCUCAUGCGAGUGAAGGCCAGUCUGAUUUAUUAAAUGAGAGAAGAGGUGGGGUGUUCCGAUCCAUCCAUGGGGUCGGAGCGGUGAUGACCAACAUGGUGCUAGGGACUGGUCUACCUAAUGCCGGUAGGACACCCAACACAGCCAACAAGACCAACCGUCUAGACCCAGGCAACAAAGAGGAUGAGAGGGUCAUGGAAACUAAACUCAAGAUCAUACAGAUACUCCAGUUCAUUCUGAACGUCAGAUUGGACUACCGCAUCUCCUGCCUCCUGUCCAUCUUCAAACGCGAUUUCGACGAGACCAAAGAUGGCCAGGACCAGGCCAACCAGCAGCAGCAGUCAGUCCCAAACCAAAACGGUUCCACCGGCUCAGGAACAACCUCCCAUGUAUCGAACAACACGGGAACAUCGGGAGGUGGCACAGACCAAUCCGGAAUCAACCUGGAAGCCAUCGGAGACCAGGCGGAAGGUAUCUUCGAGGGCCAGAUGGAUGGGGUUGACCUGGACCUCGAUGGGCAAGGGGGCAGGACGUUCCUGAGGGUCCUGCUUCAUCUGACUAUGCACGACUACCCACCACUGGUGUCCGGCGCAUUGCAACUGCUCUUCAGGCAUUUCAGCCAGAGGCAAGAGGUGCUUCAAGCCUUUAAGCAGGUACAACUGCUGGUGACCAAGAAAGACAGAGAGAACUACAAACAGAUCAAGGCCGACCUGGAUGAACUCCGGCUGCUGGUAGAGAAGUCAGAGCUCUGGGUCUACAAGAGCAAGUUGGACAGGAGUCGAAAGAAGAAAGAUGACGACGAUGACGAGGACAAGAGAAAAAAGUCAAAAUCAAAAUCGAAACUGAUGACACAGGCAAGCAGUGCCGGAGAAGGGUCAUCAAUUGACCUUGACCUUGGCCCUUUGGUUGACCCAACAAGUGCCCGUAACUACAAGACAAUCCAACAGAUACUAUGUCGCCUGAGUGCCUUGUGUAUAAAUGAGAGUGGUGGAGUGCGGAAGAACAACAAGCAUGAACAGAGAUUGCUGAGGAACAUGGGUGCCCAUGCAGUGGUUCUGGAACUCUUACAGAUACCAUAUGAUAAGGCAGCUGAUACUAGGAUGUUAGAGCUGUUGCGAUUGGCCCAUGCAUUCCUGCAGAACUUUUGCUGGGGAAAUCCAUCCAAUCAGCUCCUGCUUCACAAACACAUUCAUCUCUUCCUCAAUCCUGGGCUGCUGGAAGCUGAGACCAUGAGGCAUAUUUACAUGGACAACGUCCAGCUGUGCAGUGAGGUAUCGGAGAAGGUCGUCCAGAGCUUUGUCCAUCACAUAGCCACCCAAGGCCGUCACGUCCAGUACCUCAAGUUCCUGCAGACCAUCGUCAAGGCCGACGGACAGUACAUCAGGAAAACGCAGGAUAUGGUUAUGUCUGAAUUGGUGAGUGCCGGUGAAGACGUCCUUCUGUUCUACAAUGACAAGGCCUCCUUCAAUUCCUUCAUCAACAUGAUGAGGAUGGAGAGGGAACGAAUCGACGAUUCCAGCCCCUCCCAGUACCACAUCCAUCUGGUACAGCUCCUGGCAUGCUGCACAGAGGGCAAGAAUGUCUACACGGAGAUCAAGUGCCAUUCCCUCCUUCCGCUUGAUGACAUCGUCAGGGUGGUGACGGAUAUUGACUGUGUGCCAGAGGUCAAGAAUGCUUACAUCAAUUUCUUGAAUCAUUGUUACGUGGACACUGAGGUAGAGAUGAAAGAAAUCUAUACAAGCAACCACAUGUGGGAUCUCUUUGAAAACUUCUUAGUCGAUAUGGCGCUGGUAUGUACUGCAACAACAGACAGGAAACACACAGAUAUCAUGCUUGAGAAGUAUGUUACAGAGACUGUAAUGAACAUCAUUACAACAUUCUUCAGCUCACCCUUUGCUGAUCAGAGCACAGCUGUACAGUCCCACCAACCCAUGUUCGUGCGGCUUUUACAAGGUGCUUUCCGUGUCUCAUUGUGUCAGUGGUUGUCAGGGCAACAGAAGUUCCAUGUUGAAAACUGUAUCAAGACUCUCACUGAUAUUGCCAAGAACCGAGGCAUUGCGAUUCCUGUAGACCUUGACAGCCAGGUGAACACCAUGUUCUCUCGAUCUCAAACCCUGAUGAAACACACGCGUCAUUGGUUGAGCCAAGGAAGACUCAGAAGAGACUCCAUGAUGGCCAUCUCCAGAGACUACAGAACAAUCAUAGAAGGCUUACAGGAUAUCGUAUCAAUUCUAGAGGAUCAGCUGAGACCUCUAGUCCAGGCCGAGUUGUCUGUGCUUGUAGAUGUGCUACAUAGGCCGGAGCUCCUCUUCCCAAUGGGUACUGAAGCCAGACAGAAAUGCGAGAGCGGAGGCUUCAUCAGCAAGUUGAUAAAGCACACUGAGAAGUUGUUAGAGGAAAACGAAGAGAAGCUUUGUAUCAAGGUACUACAAACGUUGAAAGAGAUGAUGACCGUUGACAUCAACUAUGGAGAAAAGAUGGGCUCCUCCCAUUAUAGGCACUUGAUAUCACCCAACUUGAGAGCACAUUUCCUAAUGAAGGGUGAGAACCUGCGGCAGUCGCUUCUCUACCGCUAUUACGGCAAGUCGCAUCCCCACUACUCCCGGGACGCCGAGUCCACCCACCAUCACCACCACCACCACAGGAUGUCCACCGUGGUCAGCCCAGGUAACCCCGGCAACAUGAUGCUGAGUAGGGCCGAGCUGACCCUUGCUCAGGUCCAGAACCAGCUGGACCAACAGGGCGCAUCCAUCCUGGUGAUAGACCUGGUGACAAAGAACAGUAGUAACAGGGUGUUCCAGGAGAGUGUGGAACUGGGGAUAGCUCUUCUGGAAGGCGGCAAUCCCAACAUCCAGAAAUCCAUCAUCAAGCAUCUCUCGUCGACGGACAAAAAAUCAGAGCGUUUCUUCAAGGUGUUCUACGACAGGAUGCGAGAUGCCCAGGCAGAGAUCAAAGCAACAGUAACGGUAAACACAGGGGAAGGCAUCGCUGGCAAAGCAGCUGAUGAAAAGGAGAACGGAGGAGGAGGAGGCGGAGGGAGUAAAGAGACUUCUCUUGGAGGCCAUGCAAGGCGGAUACGCAUGCACAACGGUUCUAUCAGCGACGACCUAAAGGAGCAACUGGUGGAUGCUGCACUGCACACCAGCAAGGCUUUCUCUGCCCUUAGGAAGGGGCGGGACGAUGACCUCGGAGAAAGGGGCGGCAUCGGGAUGGCCAACAUGGAUGCCUUGGGUCAGAUCGAAAAGAACAAGGAUGACGAGAAGGGGCUGAUGAGUCCGGAGGUCACCAUCAUGGAACCGAUCCUCAGGUUCCUGCAGCUAAUGUGUGAAAACCACAAUAGAGAUCUUCAGAACUUCUUGAGACACCAGAACAGCAAGACCAACUACAACCUUGUGAGUGAGACUCUGCAGUUCCUGGACUGUAUCUGUGGAAGCACCACUGGAGGAUUAGGACUGCUAGGAUUAUACAUCAAUGAGAAGAAUGUCACCCUCAUCAAUCAGACUUUGGAAAGUCUUACUGAAUACUGCCAAGGACCUUGCCAUGAUAACCAGAACUGUAUUGCCAACCAUGAAUCAAACGGGCUUGACAUCAUCACUGCUCUCAUCCUAAAUGACAUCAAUCCACUCGGCAAGAACCGUAUGGAUCUUGUUCUCAAACUCAAGAAUAAUGCAUCUAAACUUCUACUGGCCAUCAUGGAGAGCAGGCAUGACAGUGAGAAUGCAGAGAGGAUCCUUCUCAAUCUAAGCCCCAAACAGCUGGUUGAGGUGAUCAAACAAGCCUACCAGCAGGAAGACAUAGAGGUGGACGAGGACGAAGAGAUCGGUGGCGAUGACGAGGAGGAGGCUAUAUCACCACGAGAAGUUGGUCAUAACAUCUACAUCCUGGCUCACCAGCUUUCCCAACACAACAAGGAAUUACAAGCCAUGUUAAAGCCAGCUAAUCCUGCAGACUUCAGUGAGAAGGCAUUAGAGUAUUAUGCAGGCCAUACUGCUCAAAUUGAGAUUGUACGUCAGGACCGCACUCUGGAGCGGAUCGUGUUCCCUGUCCCUCCGGUGUGUGAGUACUUAACAAAUGAAACCAAGACCAAGGUCUUUGUGACCGCAGAGAGGGACGAACAGGGUAGCAAGGUGGCGGACUUCUUUGAUCGAACAGACGACAUGUUCAUGGAGAUGCAGUGGCAAAAGAAACUCAGAGCUAAACCAUUCUUAUCCUUAGCAAGUAACAACAUGACGAGAUGGAGCUACAUGUGUUUCACUCUGCAUAUUGUAAUGAACAUCAUUGUAGCUUUCUUCUAUCCAUUCAAAGACGGUACAUUAGAUUUUGACCCUCGUCUGUCCAGACUGGUAUGGACGGUGAUGUUCCUGUCUCUAGCUACCAUUCUAGCCCUACCUAAGCCAUCGGGAAUCAGGACGUUUGUUAUAGCAACGGUGCUACAGAUGAUCCUUCUUGUAGGGGUCAUACCUACUCUCAGGUUCCUGGGCAUUCUUAAUAUCACAACCAAAAUAGUAUUUAUUAUGAGUUUCUUUGGCAACCGCGGCCUGAUGAACAAGCGGUUUCGCAAUGUAAUCACGAAUCCUGAGGUGCUCUAUCACUUUCUUUAUGUGGGUAUGUGUGCGUUGGGUAUAGCAGUCAACCCUCUCUUCUACAGCGUGUUGAUGUUAGAUGUAGUAUAUCAAGAGGAGACGCUUCAUAACGUCAUCAACUCUGUGACACGUAAUUGGAGGUCCAUUGCCUAUACCACGCUACUGGCCCUUAUCUUGGUCUAUCUCUUCUCGAUCGUCGGGUAUCUCAACUUCCGGGACGACUUUGUUAUUACCGUUACCCCACCACAGCACAAUGCAACCUCCCGUGUUAUCCCACCAUCUGUCCCCACAUCCCCACCUUCCAUGCAAGACCCUGGUCCUUUCUGUGUUGCAGGAGGUGGGAUUAACUGCAGCAGCCAGAGUGAGAAACCUAACAUCUACACUAAGCCAGAAGAGGAAGCUGAGAGUUCAGAGACGGCCAUUGCUGUAGAGGAUGAAGGAGAAGACGAGAGAUUCUGUGAUACUCUGAUCAUGUGCAUCAUAACAACCCUCAACCAUGGGCUCCGGAGUGGAGGAGGUAUCGGAGAUGUUCUCAGGAGCCCUUCAAAUGGGGAGCGAUGGUUUGGUCUGAGGGUGAUGUACGAUCUCCUCUUUUUCUUCCUCGUCAUCAUCAUCGUCCUCAAUCUCAUCUUUGGUGUCAUCAUCGACACGUUUGCCGAUCUUAGGAGUGAAAAACAGCAGAAGGAUGAAAUUCUGCGGAACACCUGCUUCAUCUGUGGACUGAAUAGAUCAUCCUUUGAUAAUAAAUCAGUGACAUUUGAAGAGCAUAUAAAGGAGGAGCAUAAUAUGUGGCACUACAUGUACUUCAUUGUGUUAGUCAAAGUCAAAAACUCAACAGAAUUUACAGGACCAGAGAGUUAUGUCUCAGACAUGAUUAAGGAGAAAAACUUGGAGUGGUUCCCAAGGAUGAGAGCGAUGUCCUUAGCAGCUGAUGAAGGGGAGAGUGAACAAAACGAACUGAGGAAUCUACAUAGUAUGUUAGAGAGUACAACUAAAUUGGUACAAACCCUCAGUUCUCAACUUGCUGAACUCAAAGACCAGAUGACUGAGCAGAGGAAACAGAAGCAGAGAAUCGGACUUCUCAGUACACCAGCAUUACCCUCCAUGGGACCUCCGUGAACUUUGACCUCUGACAUUUGACCCCACCCUAGAGUAUCUUCGAACCCACCCAGUAACCUUACACCUCUAUUUGUUACAUAUUCUCUCUCUUUUUUUGUUACAUAUAAUUUGAUUAAAAAUCUUGCUACACUGUACAUGUUUGAAGUUGACAAACCAUUGUGCAAGUUAUUUUGUAUGGCCUUUACAUGUAGUUACAGGUUAUACAUUGGCCACAGCUUUAAGUCUCAAUUUCAUGUUGCUUUUGCUUAUUUGAAUAUCGUAAACAUGCCAUUAUACAUUACUUCGUUAUCCAUGUGGGAUAUGUUUCUGUUUGUGAUACACUUAAUAGUAUUCCCAUUUAUCUCACUCGCCUCUGUUGAUAUCAUCAUCUCUGAAUUUGCCAUGUGUUUAGUAUAUUAGAAACCAAACCUUUAAAAUAUCUCAGGAUCUUGUUACAAAUAAACGGUAGCCAAUCUAUAAAUCUUAAUGAGUUCAGUUUGUUUGAUAUUUUGUGUCAUUGAGAAAUAGAUUGCCCUUCCAUAUGGUGCUUGAAUAUUUAUUUAGCUGCAUUUUCUAUUUGCAUACAGACAGCCAUUUUAGCUCGGAUUGUUUCCCUUAUUUUUGUGAC